ACCAUGGAGCGAGAGCCAGCCAUCCGGCGGAGGAGGGAGACCACAGCAGGCAACGGUCCCGGACUGCUUCUGAGCCGCAGCCCGUCCAGCUCCGACAGCGAGCGGCCAUCCUUAGCACCGAACAUGUGCUUGCAAUUGUGUCAGGCUCAGGGAGUGAGCCUCGUUCCUCCACCGCCGCUUUCCUCCUCUUGACUGCGUCGUCGUGCGCGUUGAGUCGCUUCGGCUGCGCCGGUUUGAGCAGCUUUUGACGCGGUCGCUUGUUGGAAGCCGGCUCCUCCUCCUCCCGGAGUUGCAGCUCAUGGAGGCCCCCGCGGAGGGGGCUCGGGAGUCGUUCCCCCUGCCCACUCUCACGCCGGCCGUGCCCCCAUACGUGACCCUGGGUCUGACGGUGGUCUACAGCGCCUUCUACUCGCUGCUCUUCAUCUUCAUCUACGUCCAACUGUGGUUGGUGCUGCGCUACCGGCACAAGCGCUUCAGCUACCAGACCGUGUUCCUCUUCCUGUGCCUGCUGUGGUCGGCCUUGCGCACGGUGCUCUUCUCCUUUUACUUCAAGAACUUUGUAACGGCCAACACUUUGGGGCCUUUUCCCUUCUGGCUGUUAUACUGCUUCCCCGUGUGCCUGCAGUUCUUCACACUGAGUCUCAUGAACCUCUACUUUGCACAGGUCGUGUUCAAGGCCAAGUCCAAAUAUGCACCAGAACUCCUGAGGUACAGGCUGCCACUCUACCUUGUCUUCCUGUUGAUGAGCGUGCUGUUUUUAGCCGUCAACCUGGUGUGCGCCAUGCUGGUGAGGACGUCGUCUGCCGACGCCCGCACCGUGGUGCUGGUCAGGGUGGCCAUCAACGACACUCUCUUUGUCCUUUGCGCCGUCUCGCUCUCACUGUGUCUCUACAAGAUUGCCAAGAUGUCCCUCGCUAACAUUUAUCUGGAAUCCAAGGGCACGUCGGUGUGCCAGGUGAGCGCUAUAGGAGCAAUCGUUAUCCUCCUGUACACGUCCAGGGCCUGCUACAACCUGGUGGUCCUCGGACUCUCCAAUAGUACCAUCAACUCCUUCGACUACGACUGGUACAAUGUUUCUGACCAGGCAGAUUUACAGUCCACUCUGGGUGACACGGGCUACGUCGUCUUCGGGGUGAUCUUAUUUGUUUGGGAGCUGCUCCCCACUUCUCUCGUAGUUUUCUUCUUCAGAGUCCGCCAGCCCAACCUGGACAGGACCGGUUCUGGGCUUCCCAGUCACGUCUUCUCCUCCAGGGCAUAUUUCUUUGACAACCCUCGACGUUACGACAGUGACGAUGACCUUGCAUGGAGCGUCAUGCCUCAGAACAUCCAAGCCAGUUUGGCUGCCGACAGUUAUGAGUGGGGGAGCCAGAGCAACAGCAUCAGCGCGUAUGUCGGAGGAGAUGACAUUUACCACCUUCCACCUCCCCCAGAAGAGCUCAACCAUUACUGAUAUGAGGUCAAAAUGACUUUGACUCCAAAUGUUUUUGUUUUUUUUUGCACACUGUUAUCAUCCUCGUGAAGCACACUGGACUCGAUACAUUUACGUCAGUUCUGGAAAAGAACUUAGAAACGUGCCAGGGUAUGAAGGACCACUUAUGGGAAGACGAUUUGCACAAUCUAUGUCAAAACAGGGCCCAACAUUCCUGCUAUUUUUGUUUGUUUGUUUAUAUUGAUAUCCGAUUAAUAUAUUUCCUGACCUUUUGCAUUAUGCACUAUAUCUCUAUCUAUGUGUAUUUCUUUUCAUACGGAUUUGUUAAUACAGGUAGACUAGUUUAAAUAAUCAAAACAGUCAAAUAGAUUGUAGAAAAUCAUUUUUUUUGUUUGAUUUUUUUUUUAACCGCACAUAUUUUUUGUGCUAAAUGGACACAAACGACUAAAAAGGUGGGUAGUAUUUUUGCAUGUAGUCACAAACAGGUGCAUCCCAGUAAAUACAGAAAUAUUUCAGGAGUUCAGCUGAAAAAGCAAAACUGAACUUCAUUCAACCAAAAAGUAUUUGCACAGGUAGCGGAUAUAGAUUUUUUGUCAGCAUUUGUUCAAGGUUGCAAAGACAUUUUGAUGGUCAUCAACAGUUUGAUCUUAAAGCUGCUGCCUAUCUUCUGGAGAAUGUUUGUGACCUUGAAUGAACCCUGAGAAGAAAUCAACAUUCACUGACGAGAAAUCAACAUUCGCUUGGUUGCAAAUGUUCGCCCCUCAGUGGGAUAUUGGUCUUAAGGAUUUCACUUUUGAAUUGAAAUACAUACCUGUUAACUCAUACGGGUUAGCCAUAGUUCAUACGGAUUUUGUGGUGAAUCUUGCGUAUAUUGCCGAAUUGCACAAAUCAUACAGAUUCAGAAAAUUUCCGGGGUUUUUUCCCCCACCAACAGUUGGUGAAAAAAGUAACGCAGGAAUACAACUCUGAACACAGUAAUGCCACUAAGUAGAAUGAUGAUUAGACAUUAACCAGACAUUGUAUUAUGGAGAUCUACAAUAAAUAUCAUUGAAAAUGUUGUGGGGGUUUUUCUGUCGUUAUUUCGACAUAUUUUUUGCUCUUUAUUUGCUCCGAAAAGUUCACAGGUAUGGAAAUACUGUACUGAAAUAAAUCUGUCGAUUCUCAGUCACCUAGGUCACAAUAAACCGCAAAGGUUGAUUCCAAGCAA